CCCAGCGCGAGUCGAGCAGUCGCUGCCGCAACGGAUGGACGCGUACAGUGCGGGAGACACACCAACGACGGGCUGUUUUACCGUGCCGCCUGCUUUCUCUCGGAUGUAACAUCUUUUUGCUUUUUUUUUUUAACCCGUGGACUAUUCAUCUGGGCGAAGAAGCGCAGCUUUUUCUUUCUUUUUUUUGUUUUAAAGGAGGCUCUUCGCUUCCUUUUUUUCUGCCCCCCCCUCCACCCAACACACAAACCCGAUCGAUUGCCCGUCGUUUGAAAAAGGGCGUGUGUUCGGGGACGUAGUGGAGGAUGGGGUGCACGUUGAGUACCGAGGACAAGGCGGCGGUGGAGCGCAGCAAAAUGAUCGACAGGAAUCUGCGGGACGACGGGGAGAAGGCAGCCAGGGAGGUCAAGCUGCUGCUGCUCGGUGCCGGGGAGUCGGGGAAAAGCACAAUCGUCAAGCAGAUGAAAAUCAUCCAUGAAGCGGGCUACUCAGAAGAGGAGUGUAAGCAGUACAAGGCUGUGGUCUACAGCAACACCAUCCAGUCCAUCAUCGCCAUCAUCAGAGCCAUGGGACGCCUCAAGAUCGACUUUGGCGAAGCCGCGAGAGCCGACGACGCGCGGCAGCUCUUCGUCCUCGCCGGCUCGGCAGAAGAAGGCUUCAUGACGGCGGAGCUCGCCGGCGUCAUCAAGCGGCUCUGGGUGGACCGAGGAGUCCAGGCCUGCUUCAGCCGCUCGCGCGAGUAUCAGCUCAACGACUCGGCCGCAUACUACUUGAACGAUCUGGACAGGAUAUCCCAGCCCACUUACAUCCCGACCCAGCAGGAUGUCCUGAGGACCCGAGUCAAAACCACGGGCAUCGUAGAGACACACUUCACCUUCAAAGACCUCCACUUCAAAAUGUUCGACGUUGGCGGCCAGCGAUCCGAGAGGAAGAAGUGGAUCCAUUGCUUCGAGGGCGUGACGGCCAUCAUCUUCUGCGUGGCCCUGAGCGAUUACGACCUGGUGCUGGCCGAGGACGAGGAGAUGAACCGAAUGCACGAGAGCAUGAAGCUGUUUGACAGCAUUUGCAACAACAAGUGGUUCACGGACACGUCCAUCAUCCUCUUCCUCAACAAGAAGGACCUGUUUGAGGAGAAGAUCAAGAAGAGCCCCCUCACCAUCUGCUACCCUGAAUACGCAGGCUCCAACACGUACGAGGAAGCGGCCGCCUACAUCCAGUGUCAGUUCGAGGACCUGAACAAGAGGAAGGACACCAAGGAGAUUUACACCCACUUCACCUGCGCCACAGACACCAAGAACGUGCAGUUCGUCUUCGACGCCGUCACCGACGUCAUCAUCAAGAACAACCUGAAAGACUGCGGCCUGUUCUGAGCACCACGACGACGACCUGCUUCUGGCGGUGGAGCCAGCUCAUUGUGCAUCUUUUGUAGAGAGGAGGAGAGGACCAGUGAUGGACCAGUGCUGUACUAUACGCCACUUUUAACAGCUUUAUUUAUGUUUCUGUCUCCCAACAUUCUCCACUAGUGUUAUUACAUUUGUGUAGACUGUCUGUAUCAAUGUAAAAGCAACAACGUCAUUUUUUUUUUUUAUCUCUGUCGUUUUCGAGGAAUGGGAGAUCACGAUGUUUUUGUUUUUUUCGCUGUUUCUUCUCGCCACCAUUUCUGGAAACGGAAACUUUGCCGUUGGUUGGAAAAAGCUCCUUUUUUUUUAUUUUUUUUUCUCCUU